UUUUGUAAUUCAACAAUCAUUUGGUUGACUUUUGUCUAUUUGUUUGGUUUGUGAAAUUGCAUAUAUGAACCUAAAUCGAUUUAUCCGUGAUUCGUAAUUACUUAAAUCCUACGAGAAUUACGAGUCUAUGUUGUGUUCAUGAGUUGAAUUUCAUCAACCAUGUGUAGAACUUCCUACUAUUGUCUUCAAUUGUUUCGUAUUUUCAGCGAUUUCCACGACAAAUAAUUUACCUUAAUUUUUGUUCUUCGUGGUUUAAUGAUGUGUUUCUAAUUCGCUUUUGAAGGUAUACUAUGGUGCCAGCUUCCGUAUACCUAGGAUUUGCAGCUUCAAUAAUAUGGGUUGCACAGGGUACAUAUCUCACUUCGGCUGCUCAUAGUCAUGCAUAUGAUUACAAAUUGCAUGAAGGAACGGUUAUUGGGAAAUUCAACGGAGAGUUUUGGGGGAUGUUUGCAAGUCAUCAGCUUGUUGGCAAUCUUAUCACUCUUGCUAUGCUAAGAGAUGAAGAGGGGGGAAGAACUAGUGGCACGACUUUACUUCUCAUUGUGUUUCUCUGUAGCAUGACUGUAGGUAUAGUUCUUAUGUGCUUCUUGAGUAAGAGAAACGGUAAAGAAGAUGCUCUGCAAGAUUCCCCUGUCACUUUUUCAUCUUCAGUGGGGUCCUUGUUAAACUCGAUGUCGAAUUUAUUGCUCGACAUACGAAUCCUUUUGGUCAUCCCACUCAUUGCAUAUUCGGGUUUACAGCAAGCAUUUGUGUGGGCUGAAUAUACUAAAGAAAUUGUGAAGCCUACACUUGGAGAACGUGGUGUUGGUGGUGCAAUGGCUGUUUACGGAGUUUUUGACGCUAUUAGUUCACUUAUUGCUGGUCGGCUUACUUCGGGAAUUGAAAUGCCAUUUUUGGAUCCUAUCCAUCCAAACAACUUCAAUGAAUUUGAAAUCCUUGUGGAAGGAGCAUUUGCACAGCUUAAGCUAUGGCAAAGUGUGUCAAUAGCAGUUGUAUUUUUCAUCAGUACUUCUAUAUCGUUGCAAACGAUGGUUGUGACCAUGCUCGUGGCUCUCUGCAUCUCGUUGGCUGCGUUUCUUUUUCUCACACUCAAGAUACUAACGGAGCUGACCACAAACGGGUGCGAACCGGACGUUGUGACAUACGGUACCUUAAUUCAGGGUCUCUGUAAAGCUGGAAGGACCGAAAUAGCCUCGAGGCUUUUGAGGAGUAUACAGAUGAAGGGAAUGGUUUUGACUCCACGCGCUUACAACCCCGUUUUGCAGGCACUGUUUAAGAGGAAGAGAAUUAAAGAAGCGAUGAGGCUAUUUCGUGAGAUGGAGGAGAAGAGCGAAGCUCCCGAUGCGGUGUCGUACAAGAUUGCCUUUCGUGGGCUUUGCUGCGGCGGAGGCCCGAUUGCGGAGGCGGUUGAUUUCGCCGUUGAAAUGACGGAGAGAGGGUAUAUUCCGUAUACUUCUACUUUUUAUAUGCUGGCUGAAGGUCUUUGUGCUUUGGACAUGGAGGAAACUCUGGUGAGUCUUGUGGAGAAGGUGAUGGUGAAAGCUAGGUUUUCGGAUAACGAGGCUGCUAUGGUGAUGGGGUUUUUGAGAAUACGUAAGUUUGAGGAUGGGUUGGCUAGUUUCGGCAGG